AUGAGUUCACCUAUCACCAGCGUCCCGGACCCAUCCCAGUCCUCCGCCCUCGCAUCCAUCAUCACCCAGGUGCAGCCUGGCCAAGUCCCCGUCGCGACUCGAGGUGCUCGACCAACUCAAGUCGCCAGGAAACCAGCUGCAGCAGACGCAUCACGGAAGAAGAAGAAAAAGAGCAAGUCGACGGCAGCCGCCAGCAGCGCUCAGGCGCAAGAAGCCGCCCAACUCAGAUCCCAGGAUGAAGCCGUCGCUGAAGCAGCACGUCUCGGUUCGGAAGCUGCCCACUCUCAGUCGAUCGCCAACUCUGCGGUUGCUUCCUCCGGUGCGGUUGCAGCCACAGCCCCACCAGUAGACGGCCAAGACGAGACGGGAGCACAACACUCACAUCAAGCUUCGUCGACGCUGGUCGGCACCUCGAGUGCGGGGAAUACCAUGACGCAUAGCGGCGUUCUCGCGCCGUCGGGCGCAGCAGGAGACCAAGAGGCGGCAGUGGGCAACCGAAGCUCCAACAUUCCAACAGCGACCGAGAGCAGCGAGGGAACCGUCGAGAAGGACGGGCUGAUCGAUGUGCCUCCACGCAAGCAUGCUGACGCCCCUGCCGCAGCAGCGCCUGCUGUUGCCGCCGCACCCGUCGGCGCUGCCGGACCCAAAACGACGUCAGCUGCCGCGGCUGCGCCUGCUUCGAGCGCGGCGAAGCCACCCACAGCAUCGAGAUCGACGCCAACGACCAAGUCAAAGCCAAGCAAACCAAGCUUCGGGCAGCGGCUGGUAGCCUUCCUCACCUGCUCAUCGGCGACGUCAAGCGAGGUGCAGCACGAGAUGCGCGAGAAGAGCGCCGCGAGUGCACCCGCGCGUCCCACCACCUCUGCAGCGCCAGCAGCAGCACCCGCCGUUGGAGGCGCAGCCGUCGUGGUGCCGCCCCGCACGCCCACCUCCAAAGGCGCUGCUGCUGGCGCCGACUAUCCGACCACACCAGGAGGGGGCACCAAGCUGCCCAAAGCUGAGACGGGCGACGUCAUGUCCGGCGCGGUAGUGCCACCGGGAGCCUCUUUCGUGACGGCGGACGAGGCCCGCAAGUCUCGCGCGUCGAGUGUCAAUGGUGCUCGAACAUCUCUCUCCCCAACCUCGUCGUCCGAUGCCUCCGACGAUGAUGAUGAGGACGACGAAGACGAAAUGGACCUCGAAGACGACUACCUGACCGACGACCAGACGGAGGAACAACGACUCAUUCUGGCUGGCGGCAUCGGCAUCCCGCUGGACGAAUUCGGCAACCCCUCUCCGCUCCUCCCCCCCAUCGGUGCGGUGGAUACGGGUCGCAAGUGCCUCGUCCUCGACCUGGACGAGACGCUCGUCCACUCGUCCUUCAAGAUGAUCCAGAACGCCGACUUUAUCGUCCCCGUCGAGAUCGAUGGCACGGUGCACAACGUGUAUGUCAUCAAGCGGCCCGGUGUCGACGAGUUUUUGCGCGCCAUGGGCCUCAUCUACGAAGUUGUCGUCUUUACUGCAUCCCUAAGCAAGUACGCAGACCCCGUACUGGACAUGCUCGACAUCCACCAGGCCGUCCGACACCGCCUGUUCCGCGAAAGCUGCUACAACCACAAGGGCAACUAUGUCAAAGAUCUGUCUCAGCUGGGACGCGACAUUGGCGACACGAUUAUCAUCGACAACAGCCCGGCGAGUUACAUCUUCCACCCCAACAACGCGGUGCCGAUCAGCAGCUGGUUCAAUGACCCGCAUGAUACGGAGCUUACGGAUCUUUGUCCCUUCCUGGCGGAUCUGGCCGACGUGGAUGAUGUGAGGGCCGUCUUGGAUGGCGCGCUGUAG